UAAAAUGGUUAGGAUUGUUAAACCUGAUGCGUGUUUAUAUAAAGCUAGUGACUUUUUAUAGGUUUUGUUGUCAAGAAAAGUUCGUUUUUGGCUUGUAUAUAUGCUAACUGGAUAGCAUCUCACUGUUAUCAUUGCGAGUCUGCUCCGGUCUAGGUAACACUUCUUUGUCCUUUCUCUGUAAAAUAUCGUGUUUAGCUGCUUUAUCACGGUGAAAUAUGAUUUAAUAUGGUUAGGAUUGUUAAACCUGAUGCGUGUUUAUAUAAAGCUAGUGACUUUUUAUAGGUUUUGUUGUCAAGAAAAGUUCGUUUUUGGCUUGUAUAUAUGCUAACUGGAUAGCAUCUCACUGUUAUCAUUGCGAGUCUGCUCCGGUCUAGCUUUUCACUUGUGCGAGACUUUGCGAUUUGGAAGUUUUCCAGUGCUGCCAGCUGUGAUCUUCACCUGUGCUUCACUACACCCACCUUCAAUCAUCUACACUACUGUUACAUCUCAAUCAGAAAACAACACACUGACUAGAUAAACAUAUUCAGACACAACAGACAUUUAUUUUCAUAGCUACACAUAAUAUUCACUAACACACACACUUUCACUCACACACACACACAUUCACUCACUAUCUUCCCACAAACACUGUUUCAUUCAUUUGGAACAUAUUUCAAUACAUUUUACAGUUUGUAUUUUCUCUGUUGCUUUGAUCUAGAUAACCGGUUUUUUCUCCCCCAGUUUUCUUCUGUUUUUCUCUCUGUCUACCAGGAUGCCACGCAAGGGACGACGCUCUGAGGCCGCCAAGAAGAGAUGGAGGACCCUGGACCAGGAGGACCUGCAGAGCAGCCAGCCGGACGUCGCCAAGCCCAGGACAUCCCCACCCACCGCGCAGGCUUGGACCCCCACCCAGUCUCCGGAGAAGAAGAUGUCCCGACUGCUGGAGUCCCCGGGCCAGGUGGUUUGCCAGGAGGAGCCCCGUAGGCCAUUGACCUCUCUUGUGUCACGCCGUGGGACGGGGCGUCGCCAUCGCGUUGUGAAGUGGCCGUUUUCCCCUGUGACUUACCGUAGUCACAAGUUGGUCCUGCCAGCCGCGGUCCCGGAGAAGAGGUUUGUUCUUUUGGUUGGUGACUCUCAUCUGCGUGCUUACGUUGAUGAGUUUGUCUCCAUGCCAGAGGGCAACCUCUCCUUUGGGUUUCUUGCAACCCCCGGGGCCUCGGCGGACGAGUUGAGGCGUGAGGUGCUGGGAGCAGUUCUGCCUCGGACCCCCGAGGUAGUCUGUCUUCUGGCACCCGGCAACAACUUGGAAGCCAGAAGGACCGUGCAGCAGUCGGGCGCGGACUUCGAGGGGCUGCUGCUCGCCGUCGGCAACCUCUGCCCUAACGUGGUUGUUGUGGACUUUCCUCCACGUCUCACCGUGGAGGAAGACCACCAACAGCUGCUCCGGCAGGAGUACCACCGUGUGGCUGCUCGGAGAAAUGUUCGCUACCUCUCGGUAGUUGAACAUUUCCCGCGGAGCUGCUUGGACAUGUGGAGCAGGGAUGGCGUUCACCUGAGCGACCAUCCUGGGAUGGAGGUCCUUGCUCAGUUGCUGUGGGAUGCGUCCUACACGCAACUCGAGUUAAGUGCACCGACAUCUCCAGCUCCACCUCCUGCUCCUGUGACGCCUCCUUCCCCCGUGGUGAGACGUUCCCCCCCUAGGCCUCCGCCUCCUGCUCCUGUGACGCCUCCUUCCCCCGUGGUGAGACGUUCCCCCCCCAGGCUGGUUGUGGUCGGCGAGGUUCCAGCUCCGCGUCCUUCGGACCCUUUCGCUUGGACUGUUGUCCGUGGUGGCCAGAGGACGUCGCGCCAGGUCCAGAGGGGUGAUGGCUCUCCACACAUCACUGGGAGGAUGGUUGACCAACAGGGAGACCUGCUGGACUCGACCAUUCCCCCGAAUCCUGUGUGGUUCAGCCCAACGGUGCUGGAGGAGAUGGACCGGAUCGUUCCUGCGUCUGGCCGUGACGCUCCGUUACCGACACGUGCUCUGAAGGGGAAGAAGAAAGCCAGUGUGAGACGUCGUCCACGACCCGAUCCCUCCAAGCCGAGACCGGAGGAGCUGCAGGUGGAGGGAGCUCCGACUGAGAGGACCAGGCCAGCCCGUCGCCAGCCCAGGAGAGCCGCCCCCACGUUGGAGGUUGACGCCCCCGCCGAGUCCUCUCCCGCGCCUCUGGAGGACCAUGUCAGGGAUGACAGCUGCCAGGUGGAGGGAGCUCCGACUGAGAGGACCAGGCCAGCCCGUCGCCAGCCCAGGAGAGCCACCCCCACGUUGGAGGUUGACGCCCCCGCCGAGUCCUCUCCCGCGCCUCUGGAGGACCAUGUCAGGGAUGACAGCUGCCAGGCUUCUUCGUUGGAACCCUGUGCCAGCGGUCCGCCUGUCCAGACUGUGAGGGCCACACAUUGCCAGGCUGACUACAGAUACGGUACAUUUUCCCGUAAUCACCAGUGUACCUGUAUGGCUCUGACAUUUUUAGCGUACCACAGUGAGGGGUUGCAGUUUGACACAGUCUUACUUGACAGAGUACUUGAGCAAGGAGAUGCACUUUAUGUUGGCAUUAAACAGCAGCUCAUGUUGGACGGUAGAUUUGUUGAUAAUCACUUGACAGUUGAAGAGAUGCCCCAACAAGUACUGACAGACGGGAACAUCUACUCUGUACACACAACGGGUGUCAGAGUUGGUCGUGUUUUGUGUCAGAAUGAUAGCCCUCAAAGGUCACGGCCAAUGGGAUUUCCUCUUGCCUCACAACUAGAGUGUCUGUCUGAAAAUGUCACCCAUGCUUUUCUUUUGGUGACUCCUGAGUGCAUUGCAGUUUUCCGGGACAGAGACGGUAGGUUUGGAGUUUUUGAUUCUCACUCAAGAAACUCAGCAGGCCUGCCCCAUCCUAACGGAACUGCAGUGGUCAUGACCUUUAGCAACCUAACGCUCAUGGUUGAACAUCUGUACAAACUCUUUCAGAACCGUGGCCCCAAUGCCACGUAUGAGUUUGUACCAGUAUCGUUUGUCAGCGACGACAUUGGUGAUGCCCCUCCUCCGGCCUUGAGCAAUCUGAAUAUUUCACCUGGAUCCACACAAGCAAGCCCAGGUGCUAAGAAAUCAGAGAGCGCUUCUGAUGAAGAGGAUGAAGAGGAAAUGCCAGCUUGGCUUGUUGAAGUUGGCCACAUAUUAGAGGAAACUGUCCCAACGAUGCCAGAUGUGUCCAAAUUGCCAAAAGCCAGGAGAAUAAAAGUAAGAGACAGGGUCAAAGCACAGCUGGGACAGGAUGUAGUUAAAAAAAUGAAACAAAGAACAUCUGAGAAAGAAAAAUAUGAUACAUCGCCUACAUAUAAGGUAAAAAAACUACGGGCAAUGAAACAAGCAUAUCUUCUUCAACAUGCAGAGAGGAAGAUCCAGUUAACUGCUAGAUACAAGCGUGAUGUUGCUUACCGAAGGAGACUAAUGGAAUAUGUGAAGAAAAGAUACAGCAACGAUCCCAACUACAAAGCCAGACAGAAAGCAUUUAUGAAGAAGUAUAUGAAGGAAAGAUACAGCAACGAACCCAACUUCACAGCCAGAAAGAAAACAUUCAUGAAGAACUAUAUAAAGGAAAGGUACAGCAACGAACCCAACUUCACAGCCAGACAAAAAACAUUUAUGAAGAACUAUAUAAAGGAAAGGUACAGCAACGAACCCAACUUCACAGCCAGACAAAAAACAUUUAUGAAGAACUAUAUAAAGGAAAGGUACAGCAACGAACCCAACUUCACAGCCAGACAGAAAAGACUUAUGAGGAUGUAUAUGAAGAAAAUGUACAGCAAGUUACAGUUCCGGGUGCAACAUAAUAAAAAAUGUGCUGUCAACAGGAGACUAAGGCUAUCAAAGAAGACACUUCCUCAAAAUACAAUGCUGCAGUGUGCAAUGAGAAUCAGGCGAAAAUACAGAAGGACUUUAGGCUUUCUCCAAGGAACUCCACAGCCUCUGAUCAGCAACGAAAUGAAAGCUGCAAUUCUGAAAUUUCAAGAGAAAAUUCAACUUGGACCCACACAUGUCUGCACGGUUUGUCACAGAGCUCUUUUCCCGAGUCAAGUCAAGCAUUGUAACAGAGCCAAAUAUACCAAGAACAUUCGUGUGGAGGCCGAAUGCCUGACAGGUACGUAUGUUCACAUGUGUGACUCUGCAUGCUCCGCCCCGUGUUCUGUACCCAAAGAGAGGACUCAGGAGUGGAUCUGCUACACAUGUGACAGCUACGUAACCAGAGGAAAGAUGCCAUCAAUCGCUGCUGCCAAUCACCUGGACCUGGCACCUAUUCCCACAGAGCUUUCCCUAUUGAAUGUACUUGAGAGGCAAUUAAUUGCAAAAAUACUGCCUUUUGCAAAGAUUGUUUCAUUGCCCAAAGGACAGCAGAGAGCAAUUCAUGGAGCUGUUGUUUGUGUACCUUCGGAAAUGGAAACAAUCGUGAACUGUCUUCCCAGGCCCAGCACAGAAGCACAGCUUUUACAGGUUAAGCUGAAGAGGAAAAUUAAAUACAAAGGAUACCAAUACUUUUACACAGUAAACAUGGAAAAUGUUUUGGCUGCACUCAGAAAGCUUAAAGAGACCCACCCGGAUUACAAGGAUGUAAAUAUAAAUGAAAGUGCAACAUUUGAGGAUUUCCAGGAGGACCAACCUGUUGAGGAAUCAGAAACCCAAGCAGAGGAUGCAGUCACAGACCAACCUGACCACAUAGGGGAAGAACAUCAGGCUCUUCGACCGGGUCUGAUCUUGGACACUUGUAUGCAGCCACCUGACAUAGCACAGGAAGUGCUCUCCUAUGGAGAUGGAAUUUUUAGUGUCGCUCCCGCCCAAGGAAACAAACCCGUUGGCUUCUUUACUGUUCCAAGGCUGGAAGCCAAGGCUUUUCCUGUGCAGUUCCCCACUGGCCAAAACACGUUAGACGAAGCCAGACGAGUUAUACUGUCACCAAGUAUGUAUUUCAAUGUCAGGCUUUUCUCUGUAGACACUCGAUUUGCCAAAGACCAGAGUUAUCUUUUCUUUGCUCAGUUUGUUACUGAGACUCAUAUGGCCAACAACAGCAUGUCAAUUCAGUCAAGAAAAGGCAAAGCCAGGAGCAAAGAAGGACAAAACAUUUCCAGCAAGAUGCUACAAGACAAAGAAGAGUUAGAAAAACUCAUCCAAAAUAAAGAGGCCACUCGUUUUAUGCAACCCCUAAGAGGAACUCCAGCUUAUUGGGAGAAAGGUUUGCGCGAUUUGCACGCCAUGGUGAGGCAGCUGGGAAAGCCAACCUUCUUUUGUACCUUCUCUGCUGCUGAAAUGAGAUGGCCGGAAGUCAUUGAGGCCAUCAAAGCUCAACACGGAGAGCAAGUCAACUUCUCAGAGCUCGACUGGAACACCAAGUGUGACAUUCUUAGGAGCAACCCUGUUACUGUGAUGAGAAUGUUCUCCAAGAGGGUGGAUGCUCUCUUCACAGAUCUCAUUUUGUCCCCUGCGCAGCCCAUCGGACCAGUUGAGGAUUACUUUUAUCGUGUGGAAUUUCAAGCAAGGGGUUCCCCGCAUAUACAUUCUGUGAUAUGGAUUAAGGAUGCACCUGAGAUGGAGGACCCCUCAUGUUGUGACCAAGUCAUCAAUUUCAUCGACCGUUACAUAUCCUGUCAGUUGCCCGAUGAAACCACAGACCCUGAGCUCCACAAAAUUGUAACGGAGGUUCAAAUGCACAGCAAAAAGCAUUCCAAAUCAUGCAAGAAAGGAAAUGUGCAAUGCAGAUUUGGAUUUCCCAAACUACCCAUGGACCGCACCAGAAUCACAGCCCCUCUCUUAUUCGACUUUGAAAAUGAUUGUGAUGAAAAAACUAAGCAAUCCAGACAAAAGGAUGGCCAGAAGAAGUCCAGAAAAUCGAAGCCAAUAAUCAUCUCAAACCAACAAAGAGAAGCAAAGAGGAAGCUGAAAUCAAUAAGGGAUUUGCUGAUGGAUCAAAAAUCUUCUUUCAAGGAUUUGGCAGAAUUACUCCAGGCUUGUAAGAUGACCAAAGAAGAAUACAACCACUAUGUGGAUGCUCUGACUUCUGGAAUGGUAGUGAUGAUGAAGCGUGAUCCCAAAGACAGCUGGGUGAAUGGAUACAACCCGGAUCUCCUGCGUGCUUGGAAUGCUAACAUGGACAUUCAGUAUGUGAUCGAUGAGUACAGCUGUAUUGAGUACAUGAUGUCCUACAUAGCCAAGCCAGAGCAUGAAAUGGCGCAGUUCCUCAAAUCCAUUGUCGAGGAUCUAAAGAAGUCCGAUAUCAACCAACGGGACGAGAUGAAAAAGAUCAUGCAGGCCUAUUCAAAACAGAGAGAAGUUAGCGCUCAAGAGUCAGUAGCCCGUACAUGUAGUCUAUCCCUUAAAAAGUCAUCACGCAGUGUCAUUUUUAUCCAAACUGAUGAAGACUGUGUGAAAAUGAGCCUUCCCAUGAGCAAACUGAUGAACAUGGCCCCAGAUGAAGAGAAUGUUUGGAUGACAGGAUUGCCUGAAAAAUAUCUCAACAGACCUGAAACGUUAGAAUUUCAACACAUGUGCCUGGCGGAAUUUGUGUCGGAAUACAGGGUCCUUUAUGGAAAACAAAUUGAAGGACCAAAUGCAAUCCCCCUCCUAAAUGAUGCCGGAUACAUCCAGAAGAGAACAAUGGGCAAACCAGCAGUUAUCAGAUUUACCCGUUUCUCAGAGAAGAAAACACCAGAAAAGUUUUACAGACGGCUUCUGAAGUUGUACUUUCCACACAGAAGAGAUGAGGACCUGAAAAAUGAGGAACACACAACUUACAAAGCCUUUUACGACAAUGGACUCUGUGGUAGCUGGCAAGUUAAACAGUACGUUGAGUGGAACCGCAAAAGAUACGAAGGUGAAGGAAAGAAAAUCGACAAGAUUAUGGAAGAACUGACAAAGCAAGGACCGGUUCGCAAUGCUUGGAACACUUUUGCUCCUGAAGUUGAGUUGGACCGUUUGGAAUGCGUAGCGGAGCGACCCUCAAUCGAUGAAAAUGAAGAACAAGACCCUGUCCCAGAAUACCAAGUUGAUGUCAACAGUGGAGCCAUGCCAGCAAUCGAAAUACCCAAAUUGAGCCCUGAUUUUAUUAGACAAAUGUACCGUAGUUUAAAUGAGACUCAAGCGUCCAUGUUUUACGCCAUUCGCCAUUGGUGUCUGCAACGUGUCUGGGGUCAAAAUCCAGACCCGUUCUUUUAUUUUUUGACUGGAGGGGCGGGCUGUGGCAAGUCUCAUGUUAUCAAAUGUGUUUACCAGGAAGCAACCAAGCUCUUGCGCCAGCUUCCCAGAUUUCGCGAUAUUGGUGACAUGUCUCAGCCCACGGUACUCCUCACAGCUUUUACUGGAACUGCAGCUUACAACAUCUCAGGCAAGACUUUACAUUCAGUUUUGAAGCUACCCAAAAGCUUAAAGCCACCAUACAAAGGACUUGGAAAUACACUGGAUGAAGUGAGAGCCGUUCUUUCCAAUGUAGAAAUCUUAAUCAUUGAUGAAAUCUCCAUGAUCUCCAAAGACUUGUUUUCAUAUGUCCACUGGAGAUUUCAACAAAUCAAGGGAAACACAAGACCAUUUGGAGGGAUUUCUGUUUUGGCUGUGGGAGAUUUCUACCAGCUGCCACCAGUGGGAGGAGCAAAACCUCUUUGUGUCACUGAGGCCGGCGUCCUUGAUAUCUGGAACGAAAAUUUCCACAUGGUCAGUCUGACGGAAAUCAUGCGACAGAAAGACGACAGAGCAUUUGCGGAGCUCCUGAACCGGAUUAGAGUUAAAGGGAAAGCAGAUUUACUCAGCGACGGCGACAGAUCUCUCUUAACGCAAACUAUUACCGACCCCAAAGAGUGUCCAAUGGACGUGCUGCAUGUUUUUGCCACAAACAAAGAGGUGGACGCUCACAAUGCAGCAGUUGUGGCUUCUUUAUCAACAGUAAUAGUUGAUGUUCAGGCAGAGGACUACAAGAGGGAUACAAAAACAGGAAACAUGACAAAUCUAGGUAGCUGCGUCAAAGCCAAGAAACGAGAUUUGCCUGACAAUCUACAAGUCGGAUUGGGAAUCAGAGUCAUGAUCAUAAGAAACCUGAACGUAGAGGAUGGUCUUGUCAAUGGAACCUUUGGCACUAUUGCAGAUAUCAUCACCAGGACUAAAGAUGGAAACAGAACCGUGAAAUUAAUAGGACUGAAACUGGAUAGUCCCACAGCUGGCCACACCAAAAAAAUCAAAGGGAAACCAGACAACUUUGUUUACAUCGAGAGAUUUGAGGAACAAACCAGCAUAAAAGGAGUUGUUCGACAUCAGUUUCCAAUCAAGUUGGCGUUUGGAUGUACAGCACACAAAGUACAAGGGAUGACCAUGAAGUCUGCAGUUGUUUCUUUGAAGAGAGUUUUUGAACACGGAAUGGCAUACGUCGCCCUCAGUCGCACAACUUCUCUGGAAGGACUUAAAAUCAUUGAUUUGGACGAGAAUAAGAUCUACGCCGAUGAAAAUAUCAGAGCAGCUAUGGAUUCGAUGAGAACAGCAUCGUUCUCAAACGCCAGACCCCUCUUGAAUUUUCAAUCACGUCAUCAAAGUGCAACUUUAAGAAUUAUUCAUCACAACGUCGAAGGUCUCAUCUCUCAUUCUGAGGACAUGAAACACCAUCAUGAACUCAGAUUGGCAGAUAUUUUAUGCCUUACCGAGACUCAUUUAUUUGGAUCUUCUGCUCCAGCUUGUUGCCAAAUGGAGGGUUAUUGUUUCUUUUCACGCAACAGACAUGUUUCUUAUUCCAACCGAGUGGACAUGUCUACCAAAGAGGGGGGAGGAGUCGCCACUUACUGCAGGAGUCUUCUACAACCCCAGGAGCGGAGAUACUUUCACAAUGUUACCGAUCUCGAAUACAACGUUGUGAAAGUGGAUGCGCCGAUCACAGCCCUCAUUGCCACGGUUUACAGGCCACCAAGUUAUGAUCUAGCUACGUUUUUGACAAACAUGGAAAAUCUUUUGGAUGGCCUGAAUUCAAUGGAUAUUCAGCCAGUUGUGGUAUUGGGAGACUUCAACGAGGACCUCCUCUCUCCGGGGAAAAAAGCAAUCAAGGAGUUGUUUGGAAGCAAAGGAUUAACUCAACUCAUCUCGGAUCCAACAACGGAAAGGCAGACUCUCAUUGACCACAUUUACAUUUCUCAGCCAGAAUAUUGUGUUCAGUCAGGUGUGUUGCAGACUUAUUACAGUUACCACAACCCUGUAUAUUGCAUUUUGGCUUCAUUUUCAGCUGCAUCUUCACCAUGACUUGAGAGGAGGGCUGGGAAACAAAUUACACUAGGACAAUAGUCCUGUCAUUUUUAAUGGUACUCCAUCUUAGGUAAAAACACCAAAGUGAGAACAAAUAAUCAGAAUCAAAUGUCCUCAAUGAUUCGCUUGGAUACUGGAAAUCCAGUUGAUGUAUUUAAAGGGUAAUAAGAAUAACGGUGUCGGCUGACGGCCUGUACAGGUCCAGUAACGGCUGUGAAGCUUAUUGCUCAUGAAUACUUCAACUUGAGAUGACCACAGUACUCCAUUUGAGGCACCGAGUGGUCACCUAGGAUACCCCUGGGAUAUUGUAAGAAAGUGAAUGUAUUUAACAGCUAAUAAGAAUAGCGGUGUCGGCUGACGGCCUGUACAGGUCCAGUAACGGCUGUGAAGCUUAUUACUCUUGAAUACAGCUACUUCAGACGACCACAGUACUCCAUUUGAGGCACCGAGUGGUCACCUAGGAUACCCCUGGGAUAUUGUAAGAAAGUGAAUGUAUUUAACAGGUAAUAAGAAUAGCGGUGUCGGCUGACGGCCUGUACAGGUCCAGUAACGGCUGUGAAGCUUAUUACUCUUGAAUACAGCUACUUCAGACGACCACUGAACUAAUUUGGAGACCAGUGCAUUUUUGAAACAUUUUAUUUAACUCCCCUAGAGAACCUGCUAGAGCUCUCUAGUAUUCUUUUUAUUUUCCUUUUUUGGUUUUCUUUCUGAUCAUGAGCCAAUGCUCCAGUCUGAUGGAGCAGUUUUUUCCACACUAUGGACAUUCUCCACUCCGCUCUGUUUGCUUGGCCAUUAUGUUAAUUUGCUUUGAGUGGAAAGAACCGUUUUUUGCCCAGUUUUAGUAAGUUUUUGCAGGCUUGAGAGCAUGCAACGCACGGCAUGACUCAUGAGGGUUCCAAGAAGAGAUGGAGGAAGCUGGACCUGGUCGAUUUGCAGAGCGGCCCAUCAUACGUCACCAAGCGCAGGACACCCCAACCCACCUGGCAGCCUUGAUCUUCCAAGCAGU